AUGUAUAGUAACACAAUAGACUCUCAUAACAAUUUUGAUGCACAGCUGAAUUCACUCAACAUAGAUCAUCUAAAUAAUACAAAAAGAGCCGCUUUAGAAGUUUUAUUCUUUAACCGUGCUACGAAAGUUGGUAGUGAGGCUUUAAUGGAAUUGCUACAGCGUAUGGCGCCAUUAAACGACAUGACAGUGAUAACAGUUGGUCCUCUAAAAGGGAGUCCACGCACCCGCAAAUUUAAAGAGCAACGCAUACAUGCUAACUGGGUGGCCGACUUGGAAGAUGGAACUAUUUAUAUCGAGCAUUGUAAUUGGUUAGAUUUUUCUAAAUUUAAUUUACCAAAACCGAUUUAUAUAAACUUGGUUCGCGAUCCCGUCGAACGUAUGAUUAGUUGGUUUUUUUAUGUACGUGGUGCCUAUAAAAAUGCCAUUUACUUUAAUAAAAAUCCUGAUGGUGAAAUAAAACCCCCAGAAUGGUUUAAAAAGGAUUUCAAUCACUGUGUGCGUAGUGGUGAUCCUGAAUGUCAAUACGUUCCACAUACUUUCAAUGACCGCGAAGGAAAUCAUAAAAGACAAAGUUUAUUUUUCUGUGGUCAUGACAAUGACUGCUUACCGUUUGAUUCACCAUAUGCAAUACAUAUGGCUAAGCUUAAUGUAGAUCGUGAUUACGCUGUAGUUGGUACCUGGGAGGAUACAAACAUAACAUUGACAGUUUUUGAAAAAUAUAUACCAAGAUUUUUUAAAAAUUCGAGAACAGUUUAUAACAGUAAGUAGAAAUA